UUUUGCUAUAAGUGCGGUUUGCGAAGUACGUGUUUAUGGAGAUUUUUCAAGUAUAGAUAAUUACAGGUUUACCGUAUGCAUAACUUGAGAGAAUUGGAUGUAAAAUAUCAACCCAAAGACAAUGCCGUGCUUAUUGUGCGUCAGUGAUUCGAAGAAUGCCAGAGCGUUACCAGAAUGUCAUCAUGCCAUCUGCGAUGACUGUCUUACUGAAUACAUCAGCGCAAGCUUUGAUAGAGACACAAGCACGGUCAAGGAAACGCAAACGAUUCUUAAGUGUCCACAAUGUACUAUGCAGUUUAAAGGUCCAGAUUUUAGAGCAUCCAUUUCUGAAUGGAUUGACAAAUUACUGAUAUUGUCGUGUAAGCCAUCAACAAUCAAUUUCUCAGAACAUGAUCCAACUAAAAGCGCCACAGAUCACGUUAAAAACAUCCUUUGUGAUGGAGUAAAUAAGAUGUACACACCGAAUGGACCUCAUUAUCACAGCGUUGAUGUGGAAAACCAAGUUUCGGGAAAAACGAGGUAUAGGAGACACCCUCUUGAUGUCAACAGUGAUUGUUACAAACUUUGCUCAACACACUGCUGUAAAAACGUUGAAUUUUACUGUAUCACCCACGAGGAAUUGAUUUGCCGACUCUGUGUUAUAAGAGAAAUAAGACACAGGCAAUGUUACAACAUUGUCGAUUUUGAAGAUGCCAGUGACAUUAUACAGAAAAGUCAAAUACACAAGACGGUAUUAAGCGAUCUCGAAGCAGUUAUGAAGCACGAUGUAACACUGAUUCGUGAAAUAGACGACACCAGAAAAGCAUCUGAGGGUCAACGAUCAGAAAUAGAGAAAACAUUCGAAGCAGUUAGGCAAACAGCUUUGCAUUUCAUUGAUGUCCAAGAGAAAAUCUGUCUGAAGACCUUUGACGAAGCCAUGAACUAUCAGGCAAAACGUCUAAAUGAAAUAAAGGGUAAAAUUAAAGCCGGCAAAGAAGCAACUAAGCUAAUGGCAGCAGAGUUGUCAGAUAUCAUUGAAUCUGGUGAAACAAGUUCCUACUUGUUUCCUUCUGUUUUGAAGAUUGUAAGACACAAUGAUGAAAAUAAAAUAAAUACAUGUGGCAAUUAUAUCCAGUGCACAACUGCAAAACUGAAAUUUCAAAGUACAGAGGCAGCAAAUACAGGAAAUGGUUUUCAUGGAAUUCAAAUUGCUUUUGAAAACAAGGAAACUCCUCUGUCACCAAUGCCAGGUUUUCAAGCAACAACUGAAAAUCUUCUGAGACUGGUUGCUGUAAACAGACAAGCAAGUCCUAAAACUCCUCAAUGUGUUCAAGUUACAACAAGAGAUUGUCAGACUGAUACCGGGGUAAAACAACCUUCUCAAACUAAGGCUAAAAAACGUAAAACCAAGGGAAAUGUACAAAAUACAAAGCCUAUGGUAAAAGACGCAAACAAAGCAGUUACUGAAUUGAAAAAAGAAUCUUCUAACGAAAGACAUAAACAACACAACACUAACGUGACCGAGUGUACAAAAUACGAAGUUGCUGAAUUAGAAGUGGCUCAUUCAAUCAGAGAUUCCAAAGCCAUAAAGAACCAACACAAUACAAAUAUCCCUUCUUUUAAGAGUAAAUCCAGUGCAACACCGAUGUUUCCAAAUACGAAUCAAGGUCGUGUUUCUGAUGUUCUCUUUCUGAAGAAUGGUCAAAUAAUAUUUUCAGAAACAUUUAACAGUCGACUUGUUAUUACGAAAGACGACCUUUCUUAUAUUUUUCAGUUGAGACUGGAUUUUCCCCCUGGUAUAAUGGCAAUUAGAGACAACGGUUCCAUUUUAGUUUGCAAAAAAACAACGAACGUACUUGCUGUUGUGAAUGUGCAUGAUGGCGCUGCGCUAACGAUUGAAUCGCUUAUUACAUUACCAUGGCCAUGGCAUCCAAAGAACAUUAAUUCAUUAUGUAAUGGUGAUAUCCUAGUAUCGAUGAAAGCACGAGACUCAAAAUGGACAUUAAGUAAACUACAACUUCAUGAUGAAGACACCUUUAAGUCGAUAACAAGUAUAAAGAAGCCAAUAGACGAUGGGUAUUCACUGCAUGUAUGUUCCAAUCAGACCGGUUCCUCACUAGUGAUACAUUGUUGUGAAUCUGCAGGCAUCGUGAAUGCAUUUGACCUUGAUGGAAAUGAGAAAUUCUCCUAUAAAUGUGACAAGCCCGAGGCAGCCACGCAUGAUAGAUAUGGAUAUAUUUAUAUUUUAAGCUUGACGGGGGAAAUCCACAUUUUGAAAUCAGACGGAACACGUUUUGGUUUAAAGCAUUAUAAAGACAUGCAGAGAUGCAAGAAUAUUGUGUAUGAUGAAAGCAAGGAUCGUCUUAUCAUCACAACUUACAGAGAUAGACGAAUACAUUUGUUGAAAAUAGACUACAUCAAUGCCUGAGAUUUUUGUUUUAU